AUAGUGCCCUCGGAUAUAUACGCGCGAGGUCCCGCGGCCAUUGAAGCCUACAACAAAGCUCUUUUGGAUGGAAAAACAUUGACAAAAAGAGUACCAAUCAUGAUAAUUGGGCAAGAUCGGACAGGAAAGACAAGUCUGAAAAAGUCUCUAAAGGGAGAAACGUUUGAUGCAAAGGAGCAAAGUACAGAAGGAAUAGAUACUGACCCUGCAUACUUCAAAGUUUCCACGGAGGCGUGGAGAACAGGUGAGAAGAGCAAUGCUACUGAUCCCAGGUCAGAGGUUUUAUUUGAGCAACAAGUUGCGCAGUGGAUAUCCGGAGCGUUAAAAAAUGUUGAAAAGUUCCCGGUGAGACGACAAACAUCUAUGGGUCAACCUUGGAAGGAAACAAGAGGAAAUAACGCGGAAUUAUCACUUGCAGACUCAAAAGUAAGCGCAAGACGUUAUAGUUAUCCACUUGAAGAAAAGAUACCAGAUAGCAUAGCGUCAUUGGUCGAAAGAAUGCUGCAAAAUGAUGAAAAGGUUCAAGUCGAGGAAGAAGUAUUUUCCAUUCUUUGGGAUUUUGGUGGACAAUCAGUCUACUAUGCUACCCACCCAAUAUUCUUGACACGGAGUGCCAUCUACAUUUUAACUUGUGACCUAAGUUGUAAUCCGUACAAUAAAGCUGACACCCUUGUAAGAAAAGGACUUUAUAACAAGAAAGAAGAAAUUUUCUGCAACAAGACAAACCUAGACUAUCUUGACUUUUGGCUGUCAUCAGUUUAUUCUUUGGUCAGUCCAAAAUUCACUGAUCAAAACACCUCUUUUUCCCAUUUACCAGCAACUUUGCCCCCAGUAUUUUUUGUUUGUACUCAUGCCGACGAACCAUACUGUAGUACCACUGAUCCUAGAAGUUUGGCGCUAGAUGUCUAUGGAUUUCUCAGAACCAAGCCUUACAAAAACCUUUUGUAUAAGGACGUUUUUGUUGUCGACAAUACGAAAUCAGGAAGCCAAAAUGAGUGUCCGGAGGUAACGCGCCUCAGAGAAAAAUUAAUUUCUGUUGCCCAAAGUCUUCCUCAGGAGGCUGUUCCAUUGAAGUGGUUAAGGUUUGAACAUAUUCUCUGGCUUUUACGUGAAGAGCAUUACAAAUUGAUUUCUAUUAACGAUGCAAGGCAAAUUGCCUUUGAUAAGUGCGGGAUCGACGAUGAUCAACAGUUUCGGACUAUGCUUGAUUUCUUGCAUGAUCAAAAGAUUCUAAUUCAUUUUAAAGAAACAUCAGAACUGAACAACAUGGUGAUUUUGGACCCACAGUGGCUCAUUGAUAUCUUCAAGAAAAUAAUCACUGUUAGGAGCUACGAGCCCACAGAAGAUAUCGUUGAAAAGUUUUGGAUCAAGCUGCAGGAAACUGGAAUCUUAGAUGAAAGGCUCCUUGAACACGAGUGGAAACAUUUGAUUGUUGAAUACAGUAAAGAAACCUGCCAGAACCUUAUUGCGAUUAUGGAGAGAUUCAGCUUGCUUUGCCCCUGGCCAUCUGAUGGAGAACACAAACAGUACCUGGUGCCAUCCAUGUUGAUGUCGCCUCCUUCAGACGACCUCGUUGAGCUCCUUUCCUCUGUGAGAAUACCUUCACUUUUUGUGAGGUUUGAUUUAGGCCGAGUGCCUCCAGGCCUGUUCACGCGAUUAGUUCUUCGGUUUUAUCAGUGGUGCAACGAAGAGUGGAAGAGCCAGAUACAACCCCAGCUGUUCAGUAAUUUUGCUCGGUUUCACAUCCUUCCUGAUCAAGGGGUGUCUGUUAUCAUUAUGUGCCAUUCCUCUUCUAUUGAAAUCGCCCUUCACGAUGGAAGCGACUUUAGUGGAGCAAUGGCGGCAGAUUUCAUUGAUGAUUAUUCUAAUGUAACCACUAGUCGUGCAAUUCAUUGGCAACUCAGACUGAUUCUCGAGUGCAUGCAUAGCGAGUUUAGCUGGCUAAAACACAUGAGGUACGAAACGUGCGUUUGCUGUCCGGUGUGUUCGCAGAGAGAUGCUGUCAGCUGUCGUACUCAUGAUGUCCGUGGCUGUGAGUGUCUUCACUUGUUGUCUGAAUCCGAGCUUCAGAAAUGUCAGUACUGCACCCGACCUGGUUUUCGUGGAGAUUGCAGAAUUCGCAUCAAAAUGUUUGCACCUUGGUUUUCAUUUACAGUCCCUGAAGAAAGCAAGACUCCAGUUAAUCAGGUAAGUAUCUGUCUUUCGCCAACAUUACGUACAAUUUAUACAAUUCAGAACUGUUCUUUUCGAACACUACUACAACUACUGCAACAAUUAUAUCUUCAACAUCGUCAAAUUAAACACAACUAAAGCAUGAGCUAUUUCAGGCAGGGCAGAGUCUCGGCAAAUUAUAUAUCUUGUCAAGUUGACCUUCACAUUUUUUAGUAAAAGAUAGCAUUUUCUUAUAUAACAACUUAAUAUUGCUACUUAAAUGGUAAUGAAAAAAUAAAUACUAUAAAACAACAAAAACAAAGGUAAACAUAGUUGUAAUAUUCAUAAUUGCUUGGUUCCUUUUUUUUUUUGCAAGCAGCAAGGUGCAUCUGGAUGUGACGUGGUGAAGAGAAGCCGUGUAACUUACCAAGAAGGUAAAUAUAAACACUUAAAUCCCGUACAAGCCUGAAUUUUUUUCAGGCUUUCUUUUCGCAACUGCAAAAGUUGCGUAAGGGUAUAUAUAACUGCCAUGACCUUCCUUCAUAUAACACUUAAAUUAGUUGUACAUAUUUUCAAAUUCCGUGUGUUUUUGUAUUAACAUAACAUAACGUAUUUAUUCAGGAUGAGAAAAAUAAAAAUUGUUAAACAUUUUGAAAAGGAAAACUGGAAGUUGACCCAUGACGUUUCGCUAAAUAAAAAGAUAAAACAGAUACAAGCUACGUACACUGUAAGAAUACUUAAAAUAGGACAUUUAAAAACUAUUUACAAGCAAAGUAUAAAGAGGAUCACUAAUGAUCAAUAAAAGCAAUAGGUGAACAAAACAAACAACUAAAGGAUAUUUAGGGAGCGUUUCAGGGCACUCUUAAAACGGUUCAGGCUCCAAACCUCAACAACAGAUCCUGGUAGACUAUUCCAGUCCCGCAUGAUUCGGAUGGGAAAAAAUAUAUAUAUUUAUAUGGAUUACGCUUUGCUGGCUCAGCACGUAAAGCUUGUAUGAGUGGUUAGUGCGGGUUGAAUUGUACUUGGUAAAUUAAAAAAGAUCUUAGUUUGUCCAUGCCCAAAACGAUCUUGUAGCAUUCAAAUAAAAAAAAGAAUGAAACCAUCUACGUGUUUCGAGGGUAGGCCACUUCAGCUUCCUUAAACGAUCUUCGUAUUCCAUCUCCUCUCGUUUUUUCCCGAGAGCAAGGCGAAAGGCUCUUCGCUGAACUUUCUCUAACGUUAGCCCAUUCUUAUAGCCAAAUAUGGAUUCCAGACUGGAGCAGCGUAUUCAAGAACCGGGCGCACAAGAGAUUUUUAUAACUUAGAUAACGCAACGUGAUUCAACGAGCCCACUGUUCUGUGAACCAAAUCCAAUUAUUUGUUAGCUUUAGUCACGUUAACAUGUUCACGCCCAAACCUUAACGCACUUUACGGUUUUAAGGCUCGUAUCCAAUGUGUAUGUAGGGAGGCAGAGGUCACGUUUGUGCGUUAUACGUAAAACUUCGCACUUAUCGGAGUUAAAACGCAAUUCCCAUUUAUAAGAUGGCCAGGAUAAUAUCUGAUCUACAUCAAAUUGUAGGGCUUCACUGUCCCUUGCUAUGUUUGACAGUUCUCUGUAUAAUUUGGGGUCGUCAGCAAAUAUCCUUAAUGUCAGUAGAAGAGAUGUCAGAUGAUAUGUUCUUGACGUAAAUCAGAAAUAAAAGUGGGCCCGGGAUCGUACCUCGGAGAACCCCCGACGUUACACAAGACCAAGAUGUGUGAAACCUCGAAAAACAACACGUUGUUUGCGGUCAGUUAAAAAGCUUCUAAACCAACGCGGUAAUGAGCCGUCGAUCCCUUGACAUUUUAUUUUGAGUAACAGUCCUUCGUGAGGCACAGAGUCAAACGCUUUUGAGAAAACUAAUCUAAUAUAACAUCUUUCAACUCAAUUUAUAAAAGUGGUCACUUGGAUUUUUCUCUUGUAACAUGUUGCUUAAAUUUUCAGAGAUGUCUCUUGCUCUCCCCCCUGAUGUUCUUCAGUGCAUUCAGACUCAGUGGAACGAACCCAAGGAAAUUGUAGUACGAUUUCAAGAGUGUCUGCAGCUAACUCCAGCAGAUCUGGAAAAUCCGGUGCUCAAGACGCAAAAAUGGAUUCGGUGUCUCGCUUAUAAAGCUAAAUCUCAAAACAGAAGCGACGUAAUUGAGUACUUGAGGACGAUAGCACCGGCCGGUACUACAGGUACGUCCUCAUCAGAAACACCAUAUAAAUGAUAAAAAACAGCUUCGUUCUUUCUUUUAUUACCACCAGUGUAUGGAGAGUUAAUUUCAAGUAGUAAAUGAAGUUUCCCCCGCAUCUUUCAAGCAAGAGCACUAUUUGUAUUAAUAGUCACCUCAUUUUCGCCACAUUUAGAUUCUCAAAAAAAGUUUAUGUUCAACGUUUACCAACUUUGUUUAUGAAGAAGUAUAUAAAGCAGAUUUGCAUACAGCUAUUCUGAGAAAGGUCGCCGGAAAAAGUGAACGAGACAAUCCCGGAGGGUAUAUUGUGGGUGGUUUUUAGUGCACGGCAGGCCACGGACAUAUGUUUGCGAGUGCUAAGGGAAAGUAAUAAAAGAAGAUUCGACAGCUACAGUCGUUAUGAAGAGUGUGUUGAUCAUAUCCCAAAUUACCUUUCGGGAUUGUCGCGUAAACAUUUUUUCUGACAACCUUUCUCCAAAUACAGAUGUAGAAGUUUGUUUUAUUUACUCCAUGUUGCUUGGUAACCAGGUCCCCUAUUGAACGAGAACCUUGAUGUCCGUUGUAUCCCUUUUAAGAUGAGAAAGGAACUAACAUUUAGUCUUUGUGGUAAGUGCUGUUAAUUUGUUAUUUCCAGCUAGCAUCUCACAUGUGUGUCUCUCGAUAACAUCUCAAAAGAUUAUUUCCAGGUUUUAGACAUAUCAAUGUAAAAACAAUCCAACAGCAGCGAGAAGUUGAUUUUGGUAUGCCUAUCCGUAUAAACUAUGUUGCGGUUUAAUGUUAUUUAGAUUUGGUUUAAACUAGCCUGCCAGCAAGCUCUCCUAUUUGGGCGAGCGAAGCGUCAGCCGCGAGGGGCCGAGGAAAGGACUCUAGCGCGUCUACUUUUCACUAGACUGUUCACAGUCCUCUAUUUUUCCCUAAGAUUGUUGAGAUCGAGCGCUUUGCGUUACGGGCUGCCAUCUUGCAUAAGAGUCAAAACUACAGAGGGGGCGGGGGCGGUUUGGGAGGGAGCGAGAAAAAUAGAGGGACUGUGAUAACAUCACUGCAGCUCGCGUUCAGGAGGCGUUACAAGAAUUUCACGCCUCUUAUCAAACUCCGCUGGCGAUGAAAAAUAUACCAGACACAUUUAGCAUCUAUUUCGCGUGUUUACACAUAUCUCCUUUUGGAACAGUGAUUUUAUACAGUUUCUGGGCCAUUUCGCCAAAUAAAAUCGGCAAAAAUGCAUAUGUGAAACAUUUUCCUAAUCGAAGCGUUAAGCACGCUCGAUUCACCACAGAUUAAAACGGUUAAACCUCCCGAUAAAAGCCAGGCAUUUCUGACAGGUCGUCUUUUUUGCGUCGGCGUAGGUUAAAAUUCAGUUCGUUUGGCACAAACUGUGUUACAACAUUCACUUAUUCACCUGGCCGGGCUGCUUCAAAAGCUUGUUGGCUUACGUGAUUCAUCCUCAGAAUACCAAAAAUCCUUGGUGUGUUGGCGCAAGAUGUGCCUUAUGGUAGUAUUAGCGGAGCUCCACGCGCGCGCGAAGCGCGCGCGUGGGCGGAGCCCCAUAGCUUAGAAAAUCUACCCAUCCCAGAAAAUUUGGUAAUCACGUGACCGUACACCGACCGCCGACCGCCGACCGCCGACCGACCGUCCGUCCGCACCACAGGAUAACCAAUGUUUACUCUCACACUUUUAGCUAGUUUAGGAGCCCAAGAGAAAACUAAUUACACAUCAAUGUUGUGAUCAAUUGUCAGCUGUCAAAACAGGGCAUCCGCUGACCAGUAUCACCUGACCGUAGCGCGGGCUCAAGUGUCGAUCCAUCGAGGUCGAGUAUUUUUUGAAGUUAUCCGCUGACAAAUUACCAGUUUGAAAUGAUCGCAGGCUCAAGUUUAUUUUUUCCAAGGAUUCAUAUCAAAUAUGUUGUGUUUAUGUCACUAUGGCCCCGCACUAUUAGAAUUUUGAUUUCAAACUGACUUCGGAAGCGAAAAUUCAGCCAGUUUUUUUAAAAGUACAGGCGGGGAAGACCUUAUCUUACCAUGGUCACGCGUUGGUCACGCUCUACGUCCAAUUUUUAUACUCUGAUUGGUCAAAAUUUGACAGGUGAGUUCAUGCGAAAAAAUUAUGCAGCAUCUUGAAAAUUGUUUACUUUGACAGCUGAAGCUGAAGAGUUUUGUGUCAACUUGUGAUGUUUUUAACUGUCUUUUUCUUCUGGAUGUACAAAAUGAAAUACAGCUGCUAUCAAGAGUCUUCUGUUAUUCAUGGCUGGUUUGUUUACUGGGUUUUUGGUUGAGGAACGCGUCGCUUGUCAAAAUUUGGUAAUUCGAUUUCGGAUGGCAUCGUUUUCGUUUUUCACCUUGCUUAAUGCUUAAGAGGGUUUAAAAGUCUCAAGCAACUGUGGCCUUCCUUGAUAGCUUUCAGGAACUGAAUCUCGAAUGGUAAGCCUGAGUAACUAUUGUAUUUGAUGUUUGUUUUUGUUAUAUCUAAUUUCAUGAAGUCUUGCACAUUCACGCUGACAGUUUAUGCGGCAAGUUUAUGCACGUUUGUAGCCGUAGUUUGAGUCAAUGAUCUGACCUAGUAUCAGGUUUGAACGGUUUGAUAUAAGCUUACAGAACUUUAAAAAGCCUUCAGAUAUAUUUGCUCACCACAGAUAGAAAGAAAACGUUCCGAAGAAUAUUUAGUUAUAAAUUUGGCUGUAGAAAGAAAACUUUGAGCGAUUUUCUUGCUUCGAGGAGUUCACCUUGGAAAACAGUAAACACCCGCGCCGGGAAGCCGGCUUAUAAAGCUUCACGCCGAGACUCAGGAUUUUUAGAGACACUUUAAUACUUGUCUUCAUGAAUGAAAAUUGUUAUCUCUGUAAAUGUUUCACCGAAUUAUAUUUCUUUUUUUGAUUGUUAGUAGUCUCUCUUGCAAUUUUAAUCGCUUGUCUGUGCCGUUUGUUUUCAUCGUUCAUGAACAUCGCUUGCAGGAGUACUCAAAAAUGUCGCGCGUAUCAAACGCUUUAUAAGAUUACACAUCGUUAUAACUGAAACCAUUAAAUAACAAAAAAAAUAAUAAUAAAUUCGCUAUUAUGUUGAAGCUUAACUCUAUUAAAGUUCAUUCAAACACUCGACCACACUGACAGCUCGCACUAUAGAAACGAGAACCGGCUGGCCAUAUGGGUGAUUUUGGAAAUUUUUGAACGGUUUCGCUUUACGAUUGAUCGUCCUUGAUAUUGACUGAGUGCAAUUUGUCUUGAAAAAUUGUGAAAUACUGCAUUAUGUCCGAGGUCUGUAUUAUAAAUAGUACUGUUUCACCUCAAAUGUGAUGUAUAAAAAUUAUAAAACGUUGGUUUAAACACCCCCAGAUUUGUUAGCAAGAAUUUGUAAAGUAAACCUGUCGAACGCAAAAAAAUUCGGCGUGAUUUGUUUUCCAAGAAUUUGUUUUCGAGGCCUAAUCUACUGUGAUCUUGAAUGUGAUCGAAGAUGUUUGCUAUUUUUUGGGUGUACAUAUAAGGUUAUCAAUUCGAUGUAAGAUGUUUCACUCUAAAAUAACUUAGCCUUUCCCUCAAAAGUCACAUGAAUGUGCCCUUAAGUUAAAUGAUUUGUGGAUUAAAAGUUUAUUGUUUGAUUUAAAUUAUAAAUUUAUUAAUUGGAGCUUCGCUUUUAGCCCUGGCUAAAUCUAUAUAUUAUGAAGACGUACGUUUUAUAGAAACGACGACGUGUCAACGACUUGUCAGGUCGGCAACUUAAUAACCCACACCCAUUGUCAGCGCAAAAAAACAUCUAUUGUCUAAUGACCAAUCAAACACCUGCGAUGCUGGUACAACACGCUCCGUGAACGCAAGCUGCAGUGAUGUUAAUACAGUCCCUCUAUUUUUCUCGUUCCCCUCCCCCUACAGCUAUAAUCCCCGACGCCCGCUCCCUCGGUACAUUUGAAAAUCAAGAUGGCCACCAUUAACGGUAAGACGCGCUAUAUCUCGACGAUCUCACGAAAAAAAGGGGACUGUGAACAGUCUAACUUUUCACGAUAUCCCCCAAAUGGAGAGCUUGCACGCAGGCUAGGUUUAAACACAUUAACAUACGUGACCAUGCAUACCCCAAAACAAAGGGGAAUAAUAUUUAAACUAAGGAUAAAAUUGAACCACAACAUAUCCAUGGAAUUUUGAAAAAAAAGUUAUAAAAAAAGAAAAAAAACAUCCAUUUUAAUUUUACUUACUUCAAAAAGCUAGCUAACUUGAGAAAAAAAAAAAGACAGUAGCCUUCAAAAAGGCAUUUGAUAUCACCGAAAAAAUGUCUUGCUGUACAGUAUAUUGUUAACAGUUGUACCGGUCAUUUUCACUGAAUCAAAGCUCAUUUCUUCUUGUAAGGUGGAGAAGAAUGGAAGCAGCUAGCAGAGAGCCUUGGUAUGUCUUACAACGAGAUCCGCUUUCUUGACAAGAGAACCACCAAUCCGUGUGACGUUGUCCUUGAUCUUAUUGCGAAUCACCGCUAUUUGAUGGUUGGAGAACUUUAUGACAGACUCGUCAUGAGCGGACUUCCAGGAUCAGCCGACUUACUGUGA